CCACAAACUUCAUUAUGUUUACUUCCCGUUCCAUCAUCUUUGCGCUGAUCAGCUUCCUCGCUGGCGCAAAUGCGUGUGUACAGUGCCCAGCCACAUUGAACACCAACAGUAGGGUCAUGAAACUACACAAUACCCUCCCGGACGUCAGUUUCACAGCUUGCGUAUACGAUAUCAACAAUAGCGGCGGCCCAACAGUGUCCUGUCAAUAUGACAACGACGACGGCGAGCUCGUGUAUGGGUUUCAGUCUUGUCCGCGUGCAGUAAUUGCGUCGAAGGGUAGGUGCUUAACGUGAUGUGAAGAAGUUGGGGAGACUGCAGCCGUGUGUGUGCCAGAGAAUUGUCGCAUCUUGCUUUAGCUAGUUGCAUCAUCCUAACCCCCUAUUAGAAUACCUUCGUGAUGUCCUUACUAGAAUCAUGCCCGGUCAUCAUAGCAAUCAAUCAACC